AUGGCAGCGACAAAAAUCCUCAAUACGGCUUGGGGUGUGAUACCUCACUUCUCGAGCAGCUCAGUUGCUCGAUCUGUAAAGUUCUACACUGAAGAUCUUCACUUCAACCUUGGUGGGAUCGAUCCUGAAGAUGCCGCCGAGCCAAACAUGUGCUCCGUCGCGAUCGGUAUCGGCGCAAUGAAGGGUAACAUUUAUCUUUUCCAGAACAAUACUGGGGAAAGUCUCAGUCCAAGCACAGCCAUGAUAGCUUUGGGAACAGAAGCCGUCGACCAGUACUAUGAUUUACUACAGGCAGAAGGUCGAGUCAAGAUUGUCGAUCCGAUCAAAGACCAGCCAUGGGGCUAUCGACAGUUUACGAUCGAAGACCCAGAUGGGAAUAAAAUACAGUUCUUCAGAUUCCUAGAAGGGGGAAACCCUGGGGAUGGCAGUGAAUGA